UAAAACCAAACUCUCAAAGUCCCCAUCUCCAACGGCCGCGCUGCCCGAACAGACCCAGGGGGCCCCGCCCCGCCCCUCCGAGAGCAGCGGCCCCGGCCGUUCGGGGCCGAGCGGUAGCGACACGGAGCAAGUUUGAGUCCUGAGAGUUGCCAUAGUUGGGGGAGGAGCCGGGGAGCUGAAUUGAAAUCCAGCAGGUUGAAAUUGGCCGCUGUUCCUGGCCUCGGACACCCAGACUGGCCGGCCAUGGAUGGCCUCCUGCUGGGAGCCGGGAUGCUCCUGGGCUCCUACGUCCUCGUCUACUAUAACUUCAUCAAAGCCAUGCCUUGUACGAGUCCCAUCGGCCUAAAGGGAAAGACGGCCGUGGUCACAGGUGGCAACACGGGCAUCGGGAAGAUGACGGCCCUGGAGCUAGCCCAGCGCGGGGCCCGAGUGGUGUUAGCCUGCCGAAGCAAGGAAAAGGGGGAGGCGGCCGUCUAUGACAUCCGAAAGGAGAGUGGCAACAACGAGGUCAUCUUCAUGAUGCUGGAUCUGUCCAGCCUAACUUCGGUUCGUUCCUUUGCUACUGCCUUCCUGAGCUCAGAGCCAAGACUGGACUUCCUCAUCCACAACGCAGGGAUCAGUUCCUGUGGCAAAGUCAAGGAAACCUUUAAUCUAAUCCUACGGGUAAACCACGUGGGGCCUUUCCUGUUGACCCACCUGCUGCUUCCCCGGCUGAAGGCUAGUGCUCCGAGUCGUGUGGUGGUGAUGGCAUCAGCAGCUCACCGCCGUGGGCGUCUGGAUUUCUCCCGUCUGGAUCGCCCAGUCUAUGGCUGGCAGCAAGAGUUACGGGCAUAUGCAGACAGCAAGCUGGCUAAUGUGCUGUUCAUUCGAGAACUUGCCACCCAGCUUGAGGGCACUGGAGUCACCUGCUACGCUGCCCAUCCAGGUCCAGUAAACUCGGAUUUGUUUCUCCGCCAUGUUCCAGGCUGGCUGCAUAUGUUGUUAUCUCCCCUGGCCUGGCUGGUGCUGAGGACUCCAAGAGGGGGAGCACAGACACCCCUCCACUGUGCCCUACAGGAAGGCAUAGAGCCAUUUAGUGGUCGAUAUUUUGCCAACUGCCACGUGGAAGAGGUUCCCACCUCGGCCCGUGAUGACCGAGCUGCCCGUCGGCUAUGGGAGGCCAGCGAAAAAUUGGCCGGACUGACUAAGGAGGAAACACAGAACACUAGCCCACAGCCAGGGUCUCCGCGCAGCCCCUCUGCCCACGUCGCCACAGACCCAGCACUCUCUAGGUUCAGAAAUCUCUAAAUUCCAUUGCCCUCUGCGGGGCACAUCGUGUUUGUGUACAGCUGUGUCUUGGGGGGCUAAGGGCCAGAAUCAUUGAGCUACUCUGAGUGCUUUCUAGGCCUGCAGCAGCAGCGAUAAACUGCUGAAAAGCCAGAGGCAGUACUGAGGCACUUCUGUGGGGGAGUGCUCCCUCAGACCUCCUCUCUGAGCCUUGGUUCCCUCAUCUGUAGAAGAAAGCAGGUUGGAUGAGGUGAUCUCAGCAGUCCCAUCAAGAUCUAAAUCUGGGGACACACACACACACGUACACACUUACUCUCACACACACAUACACACUCUCACACACACAGGUACACACUCAUGUACACACGUACACAUUCUCACACACACGUACACACUCACACGUACACAUUCUGUACACACUUACACAUGUACACACUCACACACAUGUACACACUUACUCUCACACACACGUACACACACACUCACAUAUGUACACACACGUACACACUCACACGUACACAUUCUCGUACACACUUACACAUGUACACACUCACACACACAUGUACACACUUACUCUCACACACAUGUACACACUCACACACACAUGUACACACUUACUCCCAUACACACACAUACACACUUACUCUCACACACACAUGUACACACUCUCUCACACACGUACACACUCACACACGUAUACACACUCACACAUACACACACAUGUGCACUCACACUCUCACAUGCACACUCACACACACAGUGUUCAGCCUAAAAAUGAUUCCCAUUGCUGGGCUGGCCACCUCAUGCCCUCUCACCCCAUGCCCACCCCCACCCCACCUGUCUCCAGGCCUUUCUCAAUCUUCUCAGAGCCUGGACUCUACUUUUUGUUAAUGGGGUAGAUUGUUGGGGGAGGAUGCCAGAAAGGAGGGUGGCAUUAGGUGUUGGGAAGAGGUUGGAUGGAGGAUUAGGGAGAGGUGAUCAUUGGCUUUGGUUUUGGGGAGAGAGGUGACAGGAGGUGACAGGACAUUUCACUUUUCCCCCCAAGGUCCCUAGGGAUGGAAGUGAUCUUUGUCCCCCAGCGGCCUAGGGGAUGGAAGUGACCAUCACUAUCCUCCUGAUGGAGGUGACAGGAGGUGACCCCGGUCCCCAGGGAUGGAGGUGACAGGAGGUGACCCCGGUCCCCAGGGAUGGAGGUGACAGAAGGUGACCCCGGUCCCCAGGGAUGGAGGUGACAGAAGGUGAUCCUGGUCCCCAGGGAUGGAGGUGACAGGAGGUGACCCUGGUCCCCAGGGAUGGAGGUGACAGGAGGUGACCCUGGUCCCCAGGGAUGGAGGUGACAGAAGGUGACCCUGGUCCCCAGGGAUGGAGGUGACAGGAGGUGAUCCUGGCCCCCCGGAGGUGAUGUUUCUCUCUUCCCUCCUGGGGAAGAAGUGUGAUUUAUCCCCUGGGAGCCCAGGUGGAGAUUAGCUCCCCUAGUACUCGUUGGGCCCGAGGUGACCUUUGCAAGAGGAGGGGCGGGGAGAAGGGUUUCUGUGUUUGCGGGACCAAUAAAGGCUGGGUGUCCACUA